AUGCUCAUCAAUGAGCAAGACAAUACUAUAUGGUCAACAACCAAUGUUUCCAGCCAGUUGGAUGAGUCUUUUGCGGUUCUUUUGGAUGAUGGAAGUUUCGUAUUAGUUGAUGCAAAAUUGGGAAAUUAUAAUUGGGAGAGCUUUGAUGAUCCUUGUGAUACUCUUCUUCCUGGAAUGAAGAUCGGGAUCAAUGCCAAAGCCGGAGACCAACACUACCUGUUUGCAAAUCCAUCUCCAGGAACCUUUCUCGUCUGCUCAUCGGAUGUGAUUGAUUCCCAAGGAGGUGCACCACAGAUCGAUUUUCAUAGCAUAUUAGUUGGUUCAAAAAAUUUCAGCAACAUCAAUAAACUUGGGCAAGGCGGUUUUGGUCCUGUGUAUAAGGGAAAGUUGCAGAAUGGGAAGGAUGUCGCAGUGAAAAGACUUUCUAGUAGCUCAGGACAAGGCACAGAGGAGUUCAAGAAUGAGAUCAUGUUAAUAUCGAAGCUUCAACAUAGAAAUCUUGUCAAGCUCUUUGGUUACUGCAUUGAAGGAGACGAAAAGAUUUUAGCAUACAACUAUUUUUCAAACAACAGUUGGGAUACUUUUCUCUUUGAUCCAAAGAGGGAGGCAAAACUCAGUUGGGAAGCAUGCCUUCACAUCAGAGGUGUGGCAAGAGGCCUUCUUUAUCUCCACCGUUAUUCUUGCCUGAGGGUCAUAUACCGAGAUAUGAAAGCAGGCAACAUUCUUCUUGGCGAAAACAUGAAUCCGCAUAUCUCGGACUUUGGGUUGGCGCGCAUGUUUCAUGGCACACAGGAUGUAGUAAACACUCGGAGGGUCGUGGGAACGCUGGGAUAUAUGGCGCCUGAGUAUGCCAUGGGUGGGAUAUUUUCCGUGAAGUCUGAUGUGUACAGCUUCGGAGUUUUGAUGUUAGAGACUGUUGGCAGCAGCAAGAGCACAAGCUUUUACUGCCGCGGAGAGCACCUCUAUCUUCUUUCUUAUGCGUGGACAAUUUGGAAGGAAGAUAGAGGAUUGGAGUUGAUUGAAGAAGCAAUACUGGUGGAUUCUGCUUCAUCGACAUUAGUGGUAAUGAAGAAAUACAUACAGAUUGGGCUUCUUUGUGUCCAGGACCAUGCUGCAGAUAUACAGAACAUGUCCUCGGCUGUUCUGAUGGCAAGUGGUGAAUCUGAUUCUGCACAACAGAAAGAACCCAUGUUUACAUUUCAAAGCACGCCUGAACAUCAAAUUCCUCUUCCAGGUACUUUGCCGCGGCAAUUUUGGAUCUUGCCACCACAAAAGUAA